AUGUCCAGACCCUCUCAAUUCAAGGGGUCAACCUCUGCGAGGUUUGUGAAGAACUCUCAACUGACAAAAAGCGUUGUCACAGAGUACAAGGUAUCCAAAGAUCAGUCGGAACCACAGAAACCCAAUCCCUUAUUGACUGAUGCCAUAUCAAAGAGAGAGCUCGUCGAAAAGAUUGACGACAUGGAUGCCCUUAUGGGGUUUGAGAGAUUUGACCAUGGAGAACAGGACGGCAACAAACCCAGAAAGGGCUGGCUCAUAAACAUGCAUUCAACCACCGUGCCCACUGAAGACUACGCUCCGGGCUAUUCAGGUGUUGACUACUAUUUCUUGGACGCUGAAGGUGGCUCAUUCAAAGCGACAAUCCAAUAUGAUCCCUACUUUUUUCUUUUAGUCUCGCCUGGCAAAGAGGCGGAAGUGGAAGAGUCAUUGAAGAGAUUCUUGGAACAAUUCAAUGUCAAGUCUGUCUCCAGAGAAGUCAAGGAUGAUCUCAACUUACCCAAUCAUCUUGUUGGCUUGCAACGAACUGUUAUCAGACUUACUUUCCACAACGUCACAGACCUUCUAGGCGCCAGACGUCUCCUCGGUCCAGUCAUCAAAGAGAACCAGAAAAACAGCGACCGGAGAGACGUGUUUCAGAUCCUCAACUUCAACAACUCCAACAAUAUUGAUGGAGGUCAAACAGGUUAUCAAACAAACAAAGAGUUCAAUAAGAGUGAAGGAUCCGCUGCUGACCCUUUGACGUACAUCGACGACAUUCGAGAGUAUGAUGUGCCUUAUCAUGUCAGAGUCUCAAUCGACAAGGCGACUCGUGUUGGUAAAUGGUACAAUGUCUUCGCCAAGCACGGUGUUGUCACACUCGAGGAGGACACCGAUUUAAUUGCAUUCGCCGAUCCUGUGGUCAUGGCAUUCGAUAUUGAGACCACAAAGGCUCCCCUUAAAUUUCCAGAUUCGAGAACAGAUCAGAUUAUGAUGAUUUCUUAUAUGAUUGAUGGGGAGGGUUUUCUUAUAACCAACCGUGAAAUCAUCUCUGAGGAUAUCGAGGACUUCGAAUACACUCCGAAGCCUGAAUACCCUGGUGAAUUUACCAUCUUUAACGAGCCAGACGAGAAACAUGUUCUUCUACGCUUUUACGAGCAUAUCAGAGAUGUUCGUCCUACCGUCAUUGCAACGUUUAACGGUGAUUUCUUCGAUUGGCCUUUUGUCGAGAAUAGAUCCAACUUUCACGGGCUUGACAUGUUUGAGGAAAUCGGAUUUGCAAAAGACAAUGACGACGAGUACAAGUCAAAGUACUGUGUCCAUAUGGAUUGUUUUCGCUGGGUCAAGCGUGACUCCUACUUGCCUCAAGGGUCUCAAGGUUUGAAAGCUGUCACCACAGCUAAGUUGGGUUACAACCCUACUGAGUUGGAUCCUGAAUUGAUGUACCCAUAUGCCAUUGAGAAGCCUCAAUUGCUAUCUGAAUAUUCCGUCUCCGAUGCCGUGGCAACAUAUUAUCUUUAUUUCAAGUAUGUGCAUCCGUUUAUCUUCUCCUUGUGCACCAUUAUUCCACUCAAUCCUGACGAGGUCUUAAGAAAGGGUACUGGUACUCUUUGUGAAAUGUUGUUGAUGGUUCAGGCAUACGAGAAAGACAUCCUUCUACCCAACAAGUACACCGAUCCUAUUGAGCGUUUCUACGAAGGUCACCUUCUCGAAUCAGAAACCUACGUCGGAGGUCAUGUGGAGUCUCUUGAAGCUGGUGUCUUCAGAAGUGACAUUGCCACUGACUUCAAUGUGAAGCCCGAUGCAAUCGACGAACUACUUCACGACCUCAGGAAUUCCAUUAAAUUUUGUGUUGAAGUCGAGAAUGGUAAAUCUCUCGAUGAUGUCGAGAACUUCGAGGAAAUCUAUGAUCAGAUAAAAAGCCAACUUGAGGAGCUCAAGAAUAAUCCAAAACGAACCGAAAAUCCAUUGAUCUAUCACGUUGACGUUGCCUCAAUGUACCCAAAUAUCAUGACCUCCAACAGAUUGCAGCCGGACUCCAUCAAGACAGAGGAAGAUUGUGCCGCAUGUGACUUCAAUAGACCAGGCAAAACAUGUGAUAGAAGACUUCCUUGGGCAUGGCGUGGUGAGUUUUUCCCUGCUGAAAUGAAUGAAUAUGGAAUGAUGAAGCGAGGCCUACAAAACGAAUCAUUUCCUGGUGCUAGACCAUGGCUUCCUGAGCGUACCUUUGAUGAACUUCCAUACGCGGAGCAAGCUCUGUUAAUCAAGAAAAGAGUGUCCGACUACUCGAGAAAGGUGUACAACAGAAUCAAGCAGACCAAAACCAUCACGAGAGAGGCCAUUGUUUGUCAACGUGAGAACCCCUUCUAUGUUAACACGGUUCGAAACUUCAGAGAUCGUCGUUACGAAUUUAAAACAUUGGCUAAGGUCUGGAAGGGAAAGACUGGAAAGUGCAAAGAUGCAAUUUCCAAAGAUGAGGCAAAGAAAAUGGUGGUUUUGUAUGAUUCUCUUCAGCUUGCUCACAAAGUUAUUCUUAAUUCGUUCUAUGGUUACGUCAUGAGAAAGGGUUCAAGAUGGUAUUCCAUGGAGAUGGCGGGUAUCACUUGUCUCACCGGUGCAACCAUUAUUCAGAUGGCUCGUUCCUUGGUUGAGCGAAUCGGAAGACCGCUUGAAUUGGACACUGACGGUAUUUGGUGUAUCUUGCCAAAAUCAUUCCCCGAGAACUUCAGUUUGAAAUGCAAGGACGGGAAACUGAUUUUCCUUGAAUAUCCCUGUUCGAUGUUGAAUUAUUUGGUUCAUCAGCGCUUCACGAACCAUCAGUAUCAAGAGUUAGUUGACAAAGACACAUUCAAGUAUGAGACCAAAUCGGAGAACUCCAUCUUUUUUGAGGUCGAUGGUCCAUAUAAGGCUAUGGUAUUGCCAACAUCGAAAGAAGAAGGCAAAGGCUUGAAGAAAAGGUAUGCUGUUUUCAACCAUGAUGGCUCGCUUGCUGAAUUGAAAGGGUUCGAGCUCAAAAGAAGAGGUGAACUUCAGCUCAUUAAAAACUUCCAGUCAGACAUUUUCAAGCUUUUCUUGGAAGGUGAUACCUUAGAUAACUGCUACAAAGCCGUGGCAACGGUGGCAAAUAAUUGGUUGGAUGUUCUUGAUACAAAAGGAGGAAUGCUCGAGGACGAAGAUUUGAUUGAGCUCAUUUGCGAAAACAGAAGUAUGAGUAAACCUUUGUCGGCUUAUAGUGGCCAAAAGUCUACUUCAAUUACAACUGCAAUAAGGUUGGGUGAGUUUUUGGGUGAAGAAAUGGUGAAGGAUGCUGGUCUCGCCUGUAAAUACAUUAUCAGCGCCAAGCCCUUUGGAAGUCCCGUCACCGAUAGAGCAAUUCCCGUUUCUAUCUUCUCAUCUGAAAAGAAGGAGCAUUAUCUCAAGAAGUGGCUAAAAGACCAAAACCUUAAGGAGUUCAGUCCACGUUCCGUCAUUGACUGGGAGUAUUACAAAGAGAGACUUGCCUCGGUGGUGCAGAAGAUUAUUACUAUUCCGGCAGCUUUGCAAGAUGUGGUUAACCCUGUUCCAAGAGUUGCCCACCCAGAUUGGUUACAAAAGCGAAUCAGAAUCAUGGCUGACAAGAAAAAGCAAUCUUCACUUGGAACUUUCUUUCAGACCACUACUCCGAAUGAUUUGAAAACGAAGGCAAUCAAGGACAUGGAAGAUUUUGGUGAGCUUGACGAAGGCAACCCUCGAUCGAAGAUUGGCAAGGUAACUGUUCGAAAGAGACGGCAUGCUCAAGCUUUGCAAGCUCAACAAAUUGAAGAGGAGGAAAGAAACAAUGCCAUAUUAAAUGCUCCUUGUCCUUCAAUGACAGAAGACUACGCUGGCUUUUUGAGUUACCAGAAAGCGAAAUGGCUGAUGCAAGCUAAAAACAGAGAGCGCAGGAGAAAGCUAUUUGGUGAUAAUUCCGAAUCGUCACAUCGUUCAUCUGUUGGUAACAUGUUUCGGAAACAGGCUGCGUCUGUGGCUGGCACAGACUGGGAAAUUCUUGAGUAUAAGCCAGAUGCUCUGAACCCCGGAGCUAUUAGAGCUUUUGUCAUUUCCAGUGGCAAGGUACACUCAUUCCUUUUCCACAUUCCAAAGAAAGUAUACGUUUCUUUCAAAACGAAGCUUCCGGAGCAUUUCAUCAUUCCUCAUGUGAGCAUCGAGAAGUCAAAUGCUAUUUUACCAAAUGGUCAUGAUAGCAAAUAUCUUUACAAGCUCACGAUGUCUGAGAAGACAUACAAUGACGAAAUGAGCAAUGUCGAUAGUAUACUUCACGACUCCAGGGUUUUGGGAAUUUAUGAAUCUGAAGUUGACACAAUCGAUCGGGCAAUCAUAGAUUUGGGCCAUUCCGUUCGUUUCGAUGAUACCAAAGUGGGCGCUCUUGGUAAGUGCUUGAAGAAUGGAUUCGGUAUGAAGGAUUUGAUAAAGGUUGAACAGGAAGCGUACUUGAAGAGGUUCAAUAUGGAAAUCAUUUAUGUUUUACAUAUUAUGACAAACAGCUAUGAGUUCUUCGCUUUAUUCAAUUCUUGGGAUGACAAUGCAUCGAUCAUGAUUCUCAAACCAUCAAGUGGAGCCCAAGAGUUGCCAGUAAACCUUGAAAAGGUAUACAAAGAGGUCUACCAGGCAAAGAAGGAUAAGGUUGCCAAACUCUACAAUAUCAUCGAUUACAAACCCGAAAUGAAGUUUGAGACGACAUACUAUCAUACGCCUGCCGCUGUUUACAAGAAGCUUAACAAGUCAUUAAGAGGUUUCCAAGAAAGCAGAAGCAAUAAAGCCUUGCUUACAAUUCAAUCUCCUUAUUGUGAUAAGGUAUUGGGACUACUUGAUCCAAGCAUUAAUUUCCCCACCAUCAGAAUGCAAGUGAGCGAGGUGUCUUUGCCAGCACUCAGUUGGCAAUUUCUCAUUACGAAGAGGAUUAUGAAUCACUUCUUCUUGGUUGCGUCAUGGCUCAAGAACAUGAUCUCGUUAUCUAACUACGGCAUGGUACCACUCUGUAACUUGCAAGUCGAGAAGAUGGGAUAUCUUAUCGAUAUCGAGUUUGCAAGACGCUUGACUGAAAACAACGUUGUGCUUUGGUGGUCCAAAAAUCCUUAUCCUGAUCAGGGUGGAUUUGAGAACGACAGAGUUGGAAAUGUUAGCAACCAUGAGUUUGCGCCCAUCAACAAUCCUGAAAUUUACGAAACUGCCUCCUUGGAAAUUGAAGUCGGCACUUUGACAAUUAAUUCCAUCCUCACGAGUUCCUUGAUUAACGAAGCAGAAGGGACUGACCUUUCCGACACCUCGCUUGUGGGAGGUGAUCACAACGGCUCCACGAUGGCACAGGACGCGUUCUCCCCAGCUGCUUUGACAAUUCUUAAAACAAUGGUGAAAAAUUGGUGGGACGACGCAGUGAGGAACAACGCAAAUGCUGAUGCAAUGAUGAAUACAUUAAUCUCAUGGGUGCAUCUGUCCAAUUCAAAGCUCUAUGAUUUCACUUUGCAUAAUCAUAUCCACAAUCUCACAUCGAAAGCUUUGUUGCAACUUGUCGGAGAGUUCAAGAGAAUGAACGUCAAUAUUGUCUUUGCUUCCCGAUACAAGAUCAUCAUUCAGACAACGAAGAUUUCCGUCGAAAAUUCCUACGCAUUUGGCCAGUAUUUGGUAAAUGCAACCAGAUCCAAACCAUUGUUCAACUUCCUUGAUUUGAGAAUCGUUCGUUACUGGGACGUCUUAGUCUGGUUAGAUGAGUACAAUUACGCUGGACGUUGUUGUACCACAAUCACUAAUGAUGACGUUCAAACGUUAACUCCGAGAAGCAGAUGGCAUAUCAAGAAGUUUUUGCCGGUCAUAUUCCAGAACGAUUUUGAUGAUUGGCUAUUCAUCUUUUUGGAUGCUCUUGUGAAGCAUAAGAGUGAGACGCUUCUUGGAGGUACUCAGAAGGGAACUCAACGAAUCACACAAUUAGCUCACGUCCUCAAAGGUCAACAUAAGCAGGAUACAGCUGCCGAGGAGGAAGAAGAGGACUCAGAAAACUUUCAGACCAGUGAAAUUAUUGAGGUCUUCAGAAAGCCCUUGUUACGGAGAAUCGAGAAACUUUACCGCCGUCAGAAUGAGUCUAUCUUGAACCCUGAAAUGAAGCAUGAAUACGAGUUCCCUAACCAUCCUGGUUCCUACCUCGAGUUGAAGAACCCUAUUCUUGAGUUGGUAAAAUUCCUCUGUGCAAUCAUUGGAUUAUCGUCGAAGAGGAAUACCGAGGUAAGAAUGUUGAGACGCGACCUUCUUGCAGCUAUUGAUGUCAGAGAAUUCAGCCCAGAAAGUUUAUUUGUGAACCCUAGUGCGUCGAUGAAAGUGUCCACUAUCAUUUGCGAUUACUGUAACUUUUUGAGCGACAUUGACUUCUGCAGAGAUGAUGAGAAAGAGAUCUGGUCAUGUCCAAACUGUCGGAAGCUGUACAACAAGAUAUUCUUGGAAGAGGAAUUGAUUCGCCAGCUCAACAUGAUCGUCGCCAAGUACUUGACCCAGGACUACCAGUGUGACAAGUGCCACAAGAUAAAGGGCGAGAACAUGAGUGAGUACUGCAAGUGUUCAGGCAAGUGGAUCGAGACAGUCGAGUUUGGGCAACUUGAAAAGCGACUCAAAACUUUUGAGAACGUGUCCACCCAUUACGAUGACGAAUUGCUGCUACUAAGAGCAUUUGUCACCGGUGAUGUCCAAACAUCGUCCUCAAAUCUAAUUGUUUCUGGCUAUAAAGCUUCUGGCAAGACACACACUGUCCUCAAACACCUAGAUCAGCUACGAGUCAAUAAGACGGUGAUUGAUUGUGACAGGUGUCUCACCCACAAAAUCUUACUUCAAAAAUGCUUGAUGGGAAUCAAAAAUGAUAGUGGCGUGGAUCUUAAUGAAUACAAACAGAAGUAUAUGUACAAAGGCCUUGAGGCUGCAAGACCAUCGGUGCUCUGUGAAAACUUUGCCUAUUUCCUCAUGUUGUUGGAGCAAUUCUUCACCGAAACCAACUACAACGAGCCACAUACAUUGGUUCUCGAAAGAUUUGACGAAUGUUGUGAUCCCACGGACGACUUGUUUGCAGCUUUUCUUAGACUACACGAACAGUCAACCAUCAAGAACCUCAGCAUCAUCUACAUCAUAUCACACGAUAUCCCAAAGGUUAUACUGACAUUCGGCGUCCCUCGAGUUCAUUUCAAGACUUAUAGCAGAGAGGAUCUCACUAUAAUCCUACAAGAAAAGCAGCUAUAUCUGUUGCCAGACGUUAGUGCUGAUGCAAGCCGAGAGUUUUGGUCUGUUUUCUCCAAACUCGUCGUGGAUCUCUUCUUUGACUUCACCGGAUCUGAUGUGUCCCUUCUUCUCAACCUCUGUGAGAAGGUCUGGCCUAAAUUCGAGGAGCCAGUGCGAGACGGUCGCUAUCAACCUCAUGAGAUUCUCAAGAUCUACCGUGACCUAAGAAAUCAAUUGUACACCGACAACAUUAUAACGAGCAGCUCUGUCGAAAGCUAUGCGACGCAGGAGCAGGAAGGCGAAUCCGAAGGUUCAGCCGUAGCUGACUUGCCUUAUCACUCUAAGUUCAUCUUAAUUGCAUCAUACUUGGCAUCCUAUGUGGAUCAAAAAUUGGAUCUACAGCACUUCUCCCGCUUAAAGCUGCUCAAGAAAAAGCCGAGAGCCUCGCCACAAAAGUCCUCCAUAACAAAAAGCCAGAUCGACUCCCGACUACUUUCAGCUGCAUUCUUUGAUUUGGAGAGACUCAAAGCCAUACUUUCAGUCAUUUACAGAAACGAGGCAAAGUCCUUCAACCAGAAUAACCUGGAGCUCAUGAACUUGUACCAUGACUUGAGUGAACGUGAGAUAGCGAGAAAGGAGCACGAGUUUGCCACCUUCACAUUGAAUCCCUCUGUUGACAUCAACACUCAGCUUUCUACAUUGGUCAAACUUGGACUUAUAACAAGAACAUCCGUUGGAAGUGCGAUACAAGCUGGUCCGUAA